CAGAGGAGAAGGAGGAGGAGGAGGAGGUCGUCCCAGAAGACUCCUCAGUCUGAAGCAGAGACUUCUCCAUGAUGCAGUGUGUCCUCACCAUCUGAGGAUCGUGUUGACGCAGUUGGGAAGAAGACGGGAGACUCACGUCAGGAGGAGAACCACAGAUGAUGUUGCGAGAGCUGCAGUUUUUACUCAGAACAUGGACUGAGAGCACUGACAAUGGACUGGCUGCUCUGGAGGCAUCUGUGUGAAAUCACCAUGAGAACUUUGUUUCAAUUUCUUAUUUAACGGACCUUAAGUCAUUAGAUCUGAAGAUGACGGGCCAGACAGCGGAGAGGGAUCGCUCUCCUCACAAUCUCUCAGUGAAGACCACGCUGGAGGAGGACAUCGAGAGAGCUGAGAGCAUUCUCAGCAGGGUGCCAUCUGUGUGUGAUGACACAUCCUCAGAGCUACAAAGAGUCGCUGCUCUCGACCCUCGUGGAAAUAAUUCCCGAAAUUCUUUUCAAAGGAGUGGUGCUGUCUCAAGACUGGUGAACCUGGUGGUCAGACUCAGAGAAUGGGCACACAGGAGUCUGGUGGAGGAGGAGCGGCCGGACUCUUUCCUGGAGCGUUUUCGAGGUCCUGAGCUAAGAACAGCUCCCAGCCGCAACAGCAACACACAACCAGAUGCUAAUGGAAACAAUGCUAAAGGGAUCUUCAGGAAAAAGUGGGAAUUGUUUGUGGUGUCGCCAUCCGAUGACGCGUACUACCGCUGGUUAUUUGUAAUCGCCACUGCUGUGCUGUACAACUGGUUCCUUGUUGUCGCAAGGGCAUGCUAUGAUGAGUUACAGGUGAGUAAUUACAUCUGUUGGCUGGUGUUGGACUAUCUCUCAGACACCAUAUUUCUCAUGGACUCAUGCGUCCGACUUCGCACAGGAUUCCUGGAACAGGGUUUGCUGGUGAAGGACCAUGCCAAGCUCAGAGACAGCUACAUUCGCACACUGCAGUUCAAGCUGGACGUGCUGUCCAUCCUGCCCACUGACCUGGCCUACAUUACCACCGGCAUCCACACGCCCCAGCUCAGGUUCAACCGUCUGCUGCGCUUCCCACGCAUGUUUGAGUUCUUUGACCGCACGGAAACGCGCACCAACUAUCCCAAUAUCUUCCGGAUCUGUAACUUGGUGCUUUAUAUCCUGGUCAUCAUUCACUGGAAUGCCUGCAUCUACUAUGCGAUAUCCAAGUCUCUGGGAUUUGGCUCGGACACUUGGGUGUUCCCUAACAACUCCAGACCUGAGUUUCGGACACUGACUCAGAGUUACGUCUACUGUCUGUACUGGUCAACUCUUACUCUGACCACCAUUGGGGAAAUGCCUGCACCUGUGCGAGAUGAGGAGUACCUAUUUGUGGUCUUUGACUUUCUUGUUGGGGUACUGAUCUUUGCCACAAUUGUUGGAAAUGUCGGCUCCAUGAUUGCCAACAUGAAUGCGACCCGCGCUGAGUUUCAAGCGCGGAUUGAUGCCAUCAAACACUACAUGCACUUCCGCAAAGUCAGUAGAGAAUUAGAGACACGCGUCAUUAAAUGGUUUGACUACCUUUGGACAAACAAGAAAGCAGUAGAUGAACAGGAGGUUCUCAAGAACUUGCCAAAUAAACUGCGGGCUGAGAUUGCUAUUAAUGUCCACCUGGAGACCCUGAAGAAAGUCCGCAUCUUUCAAGACUGUGAGGCAGGACUGCUGGUGGAGCUUGUGCUCAAACUGCGACCACAGGUCUUCAGUCCGGGGGACUACAUCUGCAGAAAGGGGGACAUUGGUAAGGAGAUGUAUAUCAUCAAGGAGGGGAAGCUGGCUGUGGUGGCUGAUGAUGGGGUCACCCAGUACGCUCUGCUGACUGCCGGCAGCUGCUUUGGGGAAAUCAGCAUUCUUAACAUAAAAGGUAGUAAAAUGGGCAAUCGAAGGACUGCCAACAUUCGCAGCUUGGGUUAUUCUGAUCUCUUCUGCCUCUCUAAGGAUGAUUUGAUGGAGGCAGUGACUGAGUAUCCAGAUGCUAAGAAUGUUCUGGAAGAGAGGGGCCGGGAGAUCCUGAUGAAGGAGGGUCUUUUGGAUGAGAGCAUAGCGAGUGGUGGGAUGCAGAAGGAGGACACAGAGGAGAAGGUGGAGAGGCUGGAGUCCUCUCUGGACACACUUCAGACUCGCUUUGCCCGUUUACUUAGUGAAUACACACACACACAGCAACGGCUGAAGCAGCGGAUCACUCUCCUGGAGCGGCAGCUGAAUCAAAUGGAUUGCGGUGCAGAUGCAGACCAUGACACUGGAGCACAAGCAGAGGUGGUGAAUGAAACAGAGCCAGUGGCUCAUAGUGCCCUCAAAGAGGAGUCUCCACCUGAGGAUGAUGUGCAGAGAGAGGACAAGAACUUAACAUCAAAACACUAACUAACCCUGAGGACGUUUAUAUGAAAUACUGUGUUAUAUGCCCAUUCUCAUUACCAGAGCACCGCUCUGUCACGGCCUCUGGCGUCGCCUUACAGGGAACACAACUGCUCAAAGUGUCCAUCUACACUUCACUGUGAGCAUCGAGCUGGUACUGAGCAGUCACUGACAAGGGAAAUAUAUACUAUUUAUUCGUUCAUCCAGUCACCAGUCCAUCACUAGGCCAACAACCAUUCACUCUCACAUUCACACCUACAGUUAAUUAGGAAACCAGGAAAUCCCACGUGCACACGUGAAGAACAUGCAAACUCCACCUUCAUUCAAACCUGAGUCUUUCUGCUGCAAGGCAACAGUGCCUAGCUGCUAUACCAAAAUAUACACUAGCUGGUUGUUACAGUUGUUAUCAUAAUAAAAUGAAAUACACAUUUUUGUAUCUUUCAUUUUAUUAGUCAACUCUAUCAAAUAAAAUAAAACAUUUUAAUGUUAUAUUUAGAUUCAGUAGUACUGCUGUAAUACAUUGAUAGACACAGGAAGUAGUCACGCUUUGCACAUGCACAGAAUAAAUCAGGUUUCCGGGAACAGGUCAGGCAGUGAGAGGCAGAGCUGCUAAUAUUGCUAAAGUGAUGACGACAUGAUGAUUGUCAAUGUUGUGUUCACGCUGUCCAGUUUUAAACAAGUUACUCAGGAAGUGAAUCUGUUCAAUUUUACAUAAUACUCCUUUAAUAAGAGUGAUCAUGUUACUUUACUUUAUGACUUGGUAUCCCAAGUACAAAGUUACAGUGCUUGUUAUAUUAUAUUUUAUUACUUUUGGAAGUACAAUCAAACUAAAAUGCAACAAAAAUGCCUGCAAACAUGACAGUGUCUCCCAAUGUUACCGGUUUUGUGCAUAUUCCUUAUGAUUUGACCUGCUGUGUGUACAUAUAAUCAUAAUCACAUAUGCAGUAACUCUUAUUUUACCCACUUAGUACCCAGGUAGCCUGGUAGCCUCUUAAGUGCGGAAGGGAUGAUACCACUUAAGUAUCUACUGAUACUGAUAUUAGUCAGAUACAGUAUUUUAGACCAUUUAUGAGCGAUUAAAAACACAUUUGUGAUGAGUCAUUUCAAAGCCACAAUUCUCCAACUGUGUAAAAAAUAUUGUUCUCCCAAAAAGAAAUAAACAGCCCAAACAAAAUCAGAUCCAGUGACUAGUAUACUGUCCCCAUCCCUUGUAUUAAGUGGUCAUGGGCUUGUGGAGCCACCAUGGAAACCACAAACAAACCUGCGUGGGACCACAUAUAAAAUGGUGGCUGGGCUGUACACCGGCUUUCACCCUAAAUCAAGUGGGAUUGGCUCCAGCUCCCCCGUGACCAUCAUGUGGGGGAUAAAGCCGUGGAAAAUGAACAAGAAAAAGACUUGGAACUAGGAGAACAGUGCUGGUGAUUGCACUGCUGCACACCACCACAAAGAAUGGACUCUGGAUGCAGUUCAGCAUCACGUGGCAAACCCAGCCCCAUUUAAAGUGGCAUUUCAGGAGUCCAAGAGUACAAAAACUCAUGACCUUAUGUUUUAACAGCCAUGAUGACAAUUUUUUUUAUCACUGUAAAGAGAUUUCUGCAUGUCAAUAAAUAUGAAAAAAAACAAACAGCCCAAACUGGCAGAGCCCAAACA